CCCAGUACUCAUCUACUCGCCGCCAUGACCCAGCGCCCCCGUGUUCUUAUCUGUGCCAACCCCAAGACGGGGCUUGUGUGGACCCAGCCCGACUGCGCCGAGAAGUUCCAGGACAUUGCCGAUGUCGUGCAGCUCGACUCGAACUCGGUCGACGAGUUCUUCAACGACUGGGACGCAAAGUACAAGGGCGUGACGGCGAUCUACCGGCACAACGACUCGGUGUCCGCCGUCGGGCUGUUCGACAAGGCGUUCAUCGACCGCCUGCCGGCGAGCGUCAAGCUCAUCGCCCACAACGGGGCGGGGUACGACCAGAUCGACGUGGCGGCGGCGACCGCGCGUGGCAUCGAGGUCUCGCACACCCCCAAAGCCGUCGACUCGGCUACCGCCACCGUCGCGGCGUACCUCACGCUCUCGGCGCUCCGCCAGUUCCACCGCGCCGAGACGAAUGUGCGCGCCGGCAAGUGGAAGAGCGGGCUUGUGCCCGCGCUCGACCCCGACCAGAAGGUCGUGGGCAUCGUCGGCAUGGGCGGCAUCGGGUCGGCGUACGCGCGCCGCAUGCUCGCGUUCGACAUGAAGAUCCUGUACUACAACCGCCGCGAGAUCAGCCCCAAGCCCGACUUUGACUGCACUUACUGCAGCUCGCUGGACGAGCUGCUUGCGCAGAGCGACGUCGUGUCCCUCAACCUCCCGUUGAACGACAAGACCAAGGGGUCGUUUGGGCGCGAGCAGUUCGCCAAGAUGAAGAAGGGGAGCGUGCUCGUCAACACUGCGCGCGGAGGAGUCGUCGACGAAGACGCGCUCAUCGACGCCCUCGAGAGCGGACACCUCUUCUCCGCCGGCCUCGACGUGUUCCCCGACGAGCCUAAUGUCAACCCCCGCCUCAUCGCCAACGACAAGAUCACCCUCCUUCCGCAUAUGGGCACCGAGACCAAGGACACGCAGCGCAAGAUGGAGCUCCUCGUUCUCGACAACAUCGCAUCGUUCAUCCAGGGUAAGGGGUUGCUCACCCAGGUCCCCGAGCAGCGCCAGUAGGCCGUGUAUUAGAUUCUGCAUGUGGUUUGUUGUGCGCGGAGCCUGCUGGCCUGAGGAUGCGGAGUAUUGGCCAUGAGUGUGCGCAUGUGCUCGCGGAAGCUGUGACACCUCCCAACUCGCCUGACAAGAGGCCUGGCCGCCAGGCGGGGAGGUUAAGCAGCGAGACGCAUGUCCGUAAAUUAACCAGGCGCCGAGGAAUACUUGACACGGGUUGCUGACCUUGGGACAGGUGCUUGGAUCGAGCUGAGGUUAGU